CGCGCUUCAUGUCUUCUAACUGAAGAGGCGUAGCUAGCUUUCUGCUCAUUGUGCGACCACGGCGAGAGAAAUUUCCGCUUCCUGUACCGAUAAACACCCCCAACCAGAACGAAGUUGGAAAAGGGAGAAGACACAGACGUACGCGGGGAUUUGCCGCCUGCAUACGGGUUAAAACCUCCUGACGACUGCAAUGUUUUCACUAUCAGGCGGCGAAUAGCACAACACGUUAUCAACUUAGCGUUUCCACUGUACGUUACACGGGAGCGUUUCACGCAUUUGCACUGCAGGAGCCUGAAAAAAAUAAGGCAACGGAAGGAGGGGGACCACAAAAGAAGGACAACACGCACAGAGAGAAGCCAGGCUACUACGGGUAUUCCUCCUCUCAGCUCCGACUGAAAGCCCGUUUUCAGCCUCCAGGAUGUCGGAGCGAGGAGGGCUCCCGCGGACUGGGGGCGUCCCUUCGCCGCACAUGCAGCCCUCCAAGCCGGUCUGCAUCACCUCCAACCGGCCGGUCCACAUGAACCUGUACGCUACCUGGGAGGUGGACCGCUCCUCGCCCAGCUGUGUGCCAAGGCUGUUCAACCUGACUCUGAAGAAGCUGAUCAUGCUAAAGGAGCUGGAUAAAGACCUCACCUCCGUGGUCAUCGCCGUCAAACUGCAGGGUUCGAAGCGGAUCCUGCGCUCCAACGAGAUCCUGCUGUCCUCAGCGGGACUGACAGAGACUGACCUGCAGCUCACCUUUUCCCUGCAGUACCCACACUUCCUAAAGAGGGACGCCAACAAGCUUCAGAUCAUGCUGCAGCGACGGAAGCGAUACAAGAACCGGACCAUCCUGGGCUACAAGACCCUGGCCCUGGGACUCAUCAACAUGGCCGAAGUGAUGCAGCACCCCAGUGAGGGGGCCCAGGUCCUGGGGCUCCACAGCCAGCUGAAGGACGCCUCGGUGCCCGUCGCUGAGAUCAGAGUCUACUCACUAUCCAGCCAGCCCAUCGACCACGAGGGACCCAAAGCAAAGAUGUCUGACCGCUCCCCAGACAUCGACAACUACUCCGAAGAAGAGGAAGAGAGCUAUUCGUCAGAACAGGAGGGCAGCGACGACCCCAUUCAUGGACAGUACCUAUAUGACGAAGAAGAUGAGGUGAGAAAGAAGAAGCCGAGGCGCAAGCUCCCUUCCAAUGCUGCCAUCACCAGACAACCCAACAUCAAGCAGAAGUUUGUCGCCUUGCUGAAAAGGUUUAAAGUCACCGAUGAGGUUGGUUUUGGCCUGGAGCAUGUGUCGAGGGAGCAGAUCCAGGAGGUGGAGGAGGACCUGGACGAGCUCUACGACAGUCUGGAGAUGUACAACCCCAGCGACAGCGGGCCGGAGAUGGAGGAGACCGACAGCAUCCUCAGCACACCCAAACCUAAGCUAAGGCCCUUCUUUGAGGGCAUGUCUCAGUCCAGCUCCCAGACGGAGAUCGGCAGCCUGAACAGCAAAUGCAGUUUGGGUCGAGACACUUUCAGCCCGCAGGGAGAGCAGCCUGCUCUAGAGAAGAUGAAACAUUCUCGCAGCCGCAACCUGGAGGAGGCCCUGUCUGAGACCGACACACUGGAGCUAACUGAUCAGGAGCUGUUUGCUGAGGUGGGUCCCUGCAUCAUGGUGUCAGUGGCAGAGAAACCCCGUACACCUCUGAAGAGCAGCAAAAGUGAAACCCAGGCCAUGCCAUCACCAAGGUUGGACGGGGGCCAUACCCCCAGACAAAAGCGCAUUAGCACUCCCAUGAAGGAGAGACAGCUGUCCAAACCCUUGAGUGAACGGACUAACAGCUCAGACUCGGAGAGAUCCCCGGAGCUGGGACACAGCACGCCGCUCCUGAGGAAGGCAGUGUACGACCAGCUGAACCAUAUUCUUUUGUCGGACUCCGCGCUCCCAGAGAGCCUGAUCUUGGUCAACGGCGCUGACUGGCAGGGUCAGUAUGUUGCAGAGCAGCUCCAGGUACAGAGGCACCCGGUGGUCUGUACAUGUUCGUCGGCUGAAAUCCAGGCGGUGCUGUCAGCCGUGCUCACCCGCAUCCAGAAAUUCUGUAACUGUAACUCGUCCAUGCCCAGAGCGGUGAAAGUGGCGGCGGUGGGCAGCCAGAGUUACCUAGGAGCCAUCCUGCAGUUCUUUGUCACUCAGCUCGCCAGCAAGACGUCCGACUGGCUCAACCACAUGCGCUUCCUGGUCGUGCCUCUGGGCUCCCACCCGGUUGCCAAGCACCUCGGCGCCCUUGACAAUCGCUACAGCUCCUCCUUUCUGGACGGGGCGUGGAGAGACGUGUUCAGCCGCUCUGAGCCGCCACAGACAGAUCAGUUGGAUGUAGCGGCAAGAAUCUCCCAGUACAUUAGUGGAGCCACAGUUACACACCAGCUGCCUAUCGCUGAGGCCAUGCUGACCUGCAAACACAGGACGCGAGAUGAAGACUCCUACCAGAAAUUUAUUCCUUUUAUAGGGGUAGUGAAGGUCGGUCUUAUCGAGUCUGGUCCUUCUCCAACAGGAGAUACAGAAGAGGGCGUGGCGGUGAGUUUGGCUGUCCCAUCCACGUCUCCCCCCUCCCACAGCUCACCUACAGGGAUGAUUAAAGAGGCAGCCACGCCUCCCUCCUCCCCCUCUACGGGCAGCGCACUGACAGUACAAGGGAGUCCCAGUAUGUCUCACGGCGUGGACGCCAUCGGCCUGCAGGUCGACUACUGGCUGGCCUCCCUGGCUGAGAAGCGGAAGGAGGGCGAGCGACGUGACAUUGGCUGCAAGAACACACUGAAGAGCGCGUUCCGCUCACUGCAGGUCAGCAGGCUACCAGGCGGGGGGAGCAGCGACCCACAGGCCCAGGUCAGCACCAUGGCCAUGACCGUGGUCACCAAGGAGAAAAACAAGAAAGUUCCCACCAUCUUCCUGGGAAAGAAGCCGAGGGAGAAGGAUGUAGACUCAAAAAGCCAGGUCAUUGAAGGCAUCAGCCGACUCAUCUGCUCUGCCAAGCAGCAACAGACCAUCCUGAAAGUGUCCAUAGACGGCGUGGAGUGGAAUGAAGUCAAGUUCUUCCAGCUGGCCGCCCAGUGGCCCACUCACGUCAAAUACCUGCCAGUCGGACUUUUUGGCUACAGCAAGCCUCAGUCUUAGGGGUGCGCACCAGCGGCCUGCUCUGGUCCUGAUUUGACCCUCAACUCCCCUCGACCCUGUUACACCCUUGCGCAAAGACCCCGCCUCAUAGCACCUGCAGAUCUUAGAGAAGACGUUGAGUAGCUGGACUGUUUUCUUUCGUUAGUUUGAUUUGGGCUACAGCCGUCUUAUUUCUCUUUGGAGAGGACGAGGAGGAAGAGGUUGGUGCUGGGUUUCAGCGUUGUUACUAGUCACUUUAAUGCCCCGUUUUGUGUGUGUGGUGAGUGUGCAUGCACCGUGAAUGUACAGUGUGUCUGUGUGUAUGUGUGUGGGUGUUUACAAGGGGCUUACAGCACAAGUUCGUUAGCUAACUGCCAUUUACGUUUCCGUUCUAUGGAAUGCAAUAGCAUGCAACAACUCACCGGUUUAAACCCUUAAAGUCUGACCCUCAACUUUUUGACCUCUUCAAGGUCCCACUCAUCUCACUCGAUCAAGACCUGAUCCACACAAGCAUGCUCACAAAUACACCACUCUUGUGCCGCAAAAACAAUAUUUUAAAAUAAAAAAGUAUCACAAUAGAGCUUCAGUGUUUGCAUGAGCCGGCGAAAACACAAAGAAAAGUCUCCUGUGUUCACAAAAUGCUGUCAAAUACCAGGCUUGCAUGGGAUGUAUUUGAACAGAUCCCCUUCAAAAACCGUACCAUUAUUUUUAUUUCAAGGGCUUCCAUAUAAUUUAGAAUAUUUUUUCUGUACCAAAAUAAGUGAUUUGGAUGUCUAAUGCUAAAAAAAAUUCUUUCAAAAAUUCAAAAAGGGGAAGUGUUUUUUUAAAUUGUGUAUUGUGAAAAAUAGAAAAACCUUCCCUUGCGCUGUUUUGUGAUGCAUAGUGUACGUUUUUGUGAAUAGUUCCAGGGUUUCAGGGCAGGGGCUACUGUAACGCGUAGGUUUCUUUGUCUUCUUAUUUGCUAUGCACUUACAAAUACACAUCCGGGGGUUUGCAGAGUAUAGCUGAAUAGAUUAACCCAAGCAAAUAUGCAACCUGAAACUGACAUAACAAAAUGCAUAUUCAAACUCCGCAGCGUUGAUGGGAACAUGAUGGAUAAACUGUUUAUCCAUGGGUAUCUAUACCGCAAAAAAUGGGAGUUAAACACCUGCAAUAAAGCACAAUGUUGCAUGCCGGUUGUCCCCAUAACAAUCUUCUUUUUAUUGGACACAGACUGGCAGCUUUAUCUUCAGUGAAAACAGUGGACCUGGUAAAA